AUGUUCCGCAACGUAUUUGACGCGCUGGGGCUAAGGGACGCCGAUUUGACGACCCACCAACACGGGGUCAUUGGGUUGGGCGACCACUUCAUUAAACCUGACGGAGUAAUAUCCCUACCAAUCUCGGUAGGACAAACCCAAGGUCGAAGAUCGACGAUGGCCGAGUUCGUGAUCCUCCGAGAUUCCACCGCCUAUAACAUCAUCUUGGGAAGGAAGACGAUAAACGAUGUUGAGGCAAUAAUCAACACGAAGCUGCUAGUCAUGAAGUUCGUUACUGAUGAUGGAUCUAUAGGGUCCAUAAGAGGGGAUCUCGAGACGGCGGUCGCCUGCGACAACGCCAGCCUCUCCCUAAGAAAGAAAUCAAAAGAGGCGUCCGGUGUGUUCCUAGCUGACCUGGACGCCAGAGUGGACGACAAACCUAGACCGGAACCAGAAAGGGACCUGGAAAAACUCAUAAUCGGCGACACGGAGGAGAAAUUCACGUUCAUCAACAAGAACCUCCCACAAGAGUUAAAGGAGCCCUUGAUCAAAAUGAUAAGGGCCAAUAGGGAUCUGUUUGCCUGGACACCUGCCGACAUGCCGGGCAUAGACCCAAAAAUCAUGUCACACCAUCUGGCAAUCAGGUCGGAAGCACGGCCGGUAAAACAACGCAGAAGAAAGAUGUCGACAGAAAGGGCGGAGGAAGUGGCCAGGCAGACGGCCAGCCUCCUAGAAGCAGGUUUCAUACGAGAAGUAGACUACUCGACGUGGCUCUCGAACGUUGUUCUAGUGAAAAAACACAACGGCAAGUGGAGAAUGUGUGUAGACUACUCUGACCUUAACAAGGCAUGCCCAAAGGAUUGUUUUCCCCUCCCUAACAUAGACGCGCUCGUCGACGCUGCGGCGGGCUACCGUUACCUGAGCUUCAUGGACGCCUACUCCGGUUAUAACCAGAUACCGAUGCACCGUCCAGAUGAAGACAAGACGGCGUUCAUAACGCCAGGGGGAACCUUCUGCUACAAGGUGAUGCCGUUCGGCCUUAAAAAUGCAGGAGCAACAUACCAAAGGCUGAUGAACAAGAUAUUCCAUGAUCUUAUAGGCAAAACAGUGGAAGUCUACGUCGACGACAUCCUCGCGAAAACAACGCGACCUGACGACCUCCUAAAGGAUCUGGAAAACGUAUUCGCAUAUCUCCGGCAACACGGCAUGAGGCUGAACCCCCUCAAAUGUGCCUUCGCCAUGGAAGCUGGCAAGUUCCUAGGAUUUAUGAUAACUCAGAGAGGGGUAGAAGCCAACCCGGAGAAGUGCCAGGCGAUUCUCCAGAUGAAGAGCCCAGGUUGUAUCAAGGACGUCCAAAGGUUGGCGGGGCGGCUGACCUCAUUAUCCCGGUUUCUCGGAGCAUCGGCAACAAAGGCCCUGCCUUUCUUUAACCUCAUGAAGAAAGGGAUAGCGUUCGAGUGGACAUCCGCAUGUGAGGAAGCCUUUCAACACUUCAAGGAAAUCCUAGCGGCACCACCUGUGCUCGGGAAGCCAAAGGACGGGGAGCCGCUGUACCUGUACCUCGCCAUAACAGGAGAAGCCCUGGCCGCAGUUCUGGUGCGGGAAGAAGGGAGGGCUCAACAGCCAGUCUAUUUCAUAAGCAGAGCCCUGCAAGGGGCAGAAUUAAGGUACAGCAAACUGGAAAAGCUAGCUCUAGCGCUCUUGACCUCCUCACGAAGGUUAAAGCAAUACUUCCAAAGCCACCAGGUUGUCGUAAGAACGGACCAAGGGAUCCGGCAAGUACUUCAAAAACCCGACUUGGCGGGGAGAAUGAUGACUUGGUCCAUCAAACUCUCCCAAUACGACAUACGAUACGAACCCCGGCAGGCCAUCAAGACGCAGGCGAUGGCAGAUUUUCUGGUAGAAGUAACUGGGGUCCCAACCGAAGAAACGAGCACACGGUGGAAGCUCCACGUGGACGGAGCUUCCAACCAGACAUUUGGAGGUGCCGGGAUCAUCCUGGAAAGCCCGGUUGGAGUCGUAUACGAGCAGUCGGUCAGGUUCGAAUUUCCCAUUUCGAACAACCAGGCAGAAUACGAAGCCCUUAUAGGGGGCUUGACCCUAGCAGCGGAAGUCGGAGCAACAAGGCUGGAAAUAUGCAGCGAUUCUCAGGUCGUCACCUCCCAGGUAAACGGGAGCUACCAAGCCAAAGACUCGUUAUUACAAAAAUACUUGGAAAAAGUCAAGAACUUAAGCCAAAAAUUUGAGGAGGUCACGGUCCACCACGUGCCUAGAGAAAGGAACACACGGGCAGACCUCCUAUCAAAGUUGGCCAGCACUAAACCGGGAGAAGGCAACCGGUCUCUCAUCCAAGGUAUGACGAGAGAGCCAGCGGUCACCUUACACGUGACAAGGUUGGGCUCUUCGUGGCUAGACCCUAUCAUUAGCUUCCUAGAAAAUGGCAAACUCCCUGACGACGAAAAGGACGCGGCGAAACUGAGAAGGGAAGCAGCCAAAUACGCCGUCAUCCAAGGACAGCUAUUCAAGAAAGGGCUCAACCAGCCCCUAUUGAAGUGCUUACACCCCGACCAAACGGACUACGUCCUUAGGGAAGUCCAUGAAGGCUGCUGCGGACACCACAUAGGAGGCAAGGCCCUAGCAAGAAAAUUAAUUCGAGCCGGGAAAUUCAUGUGGAGGCAGGUGAUAACGCGAUUCGGGAUCCCAGAAGUCGUCAUCUCGGACAACGGCACGCAGUUUACCGACAAAAAGUUUACGGAAUUCCUCACCGGCCUGGGUAUAAGACAGAGGUUCUCCUCGGUAGAACACCCCCAGACAAACGGACAGGUGGAGUCCGCGAACAAGAUUAUCCUCUUAGGGCUGAAGAAACGAUUGGAUAAUAAAAAGGGCGCUUGGGCCGACGAACUAGCCUCGGUACUCUGGUCUUACCGAACAACCGAACAAUCCUCCACUAAGGAGACCCCUUUUCGACUAACAUAUGGGUUAGAUGCUGUAAUACCAGUAGAGAUCGGGGAACCAAGCCCCCGGCUACUUUUGAAAGGAGUGGAGGAAGCCGUGGAAAAGGACCUGAUAGAUGAAGCCAGGGAAAUGACCCAUUUGGCAGAGACGGCACUAAAGCAAAGAAUGGCCCUACGCUACAACACCAAAGUGCUCAAAAGGAAAUUCGAGCCGAACGAUCUCGUCCUGAGGAGAAACGACAUCGGCCCACCGACCCCUGGAGCAGGCAAGCUGGCGGCAAACUGGGAAGGCCCCUAUAGAAUCAAAGAAGAGAUGGGUAGAGGCGCGUUCAAGUUAGAAAGGCUUGAUGGUAAGGAAGUCCCAAGAACAUGGAACGCAAACAACUUGAGAAGGCAACCCGUCCUAUCCCAACCCGACAACGAUGCGCGGCCCCCGGGACUGAUCACCCCGGGAGCCCGUCAACUAUCGCGAUAA